CAUACAGAGAGCGCGAGUGAGCUCGUACAGCCACCGCAUAACAUCUCUUGUGAGCUUCGUGCUUUGCUCACAGAUUACUAUUUUUUUUUUUCAUACGGCCCAAACAAAGUCCUGAUAAAUAUAAACAUGAAAUGAUCCAAUCGUUUCAUUUAAUUGAGCACUGCGUGCGCAGAUAAGUGGCAAACUUCGCGCACGGCGUUUCUAUUUCACACCGUGUCGAUUCGAUAUUCAUUGGUAGUGUUUUUUUUUAGUUACGGUUAUUGUUGUUGAUAUCAACAAUUUUGAAGAGCGUGAGAGAGAGAAAAGCGGACGGAAAAUUGAACUUGUUUAGAAAGAAAAAAUCCCAAAAUGAGGUUACUAUUGUGUUUCACUGUAGCUGCUUUGCUCGGAAGCAAUGUUCACUGCUCGGACACCACACUUAAUGUGGACGAAAUGCUCACUCAAACCACACAAAUCACGGAAACCACGGAAGCAGUCACCAGUGGCGGCUGUUCAUCCUGUGCUGCCAUCGCCGAGGAAACAGCGCUGGAAUCGAAAUUAUCAAACCCCUGUGAAUACGGUGAAUGCGUUCCAUAUUACUUAUGUUUGAACGGCAGCAUCAUCACUAGCGGGGAAGGAAUUUUAGAUGUCAGAUUUGGAGCUGAAGACGACCCAGAACCGGAACGGCAUCCAUGCUCUGACUUCUUUGACACCUGUUGCACUCUUAAAUCCACGGAAAUUGUUAAAGAAAAGGUAAAACCACCGAUUGAAAAGCAUGAUAAAUGUGGCAUUCGCAACAUAAAAGGAAGCACAUUUACAUUGAUUGGACGGGAAAACGAGGCACAAUUCGCUGAGUUUCCAUGGGUUUCGGCUGUGAUUUACAAAGUACACGACAAUGAGGACAUUGUGAAUGUGUACAAGUGUGGUGGCUCACUUAUUCAUCCAAACGUCGUUAUGACCGUGGCACAUUGCGUUAUUGAUCUGCCCAAUGUGCAUGACAUUUUGAUUAGAUCCGGUGAAUGGGACACCCAGACGGUCGAUGAACCGUAUCCCCAUCAAGAUCGUGCUGUUACCGAAGUUUUAAUUCAUGAAAACUAUCGACGCGGUAGUCAUUUCAACGAUAUUGCUUUAUUGAUACUCGGCACACCCGUCGAAUUGACGGAAAAUGUGAAUACUGCUUGUUUGCCGCCGCAUGAUUAUGUCUUUGAUCAUCAACGAUGCCAAGCAACUGGAUGGGGCAAAGAUAAAUUCGGAAAAGAUGGAUUGUAUCAAGUGAUUUUGAAGAAAGUUGAGCUUCCAGUUGUCCCACGUGAAGAGUGUCAGACCAAAUUGCGUGAAACUCGACUUGGGCGACAUUUUAUUUUGGAUCAUAGCUUCAUUUGUGCAGGUGGUGAAAAAGGAAAAGAUACAUGCCAAGGCGAUGGUGGAUCGCCUCUGAACUGUGAAAUCCCAAAUAAUGAAUAUGGUCAAUACUAUGUCACGGGUGAAGUUGCAUGGGGCAUUGGAUGCUUUGAUCCAGUACCAGGCGUUUAUGUUAAUGUUCCAAAAUUCCGUCCGUGGGUGGAUAAGAUAUUCGAUGAACGAAACUAUGACAAAAAAUUCUAUACGGCAAUCUAAUUAAGAAGCUACGUUCAACGGAAUCAACGGAAUCAAAAACACUCUAAUUACACUUUUUCGGCCAACAAUUUUUCAUUUGCAUUAAAUUUUGGAUGAACGACGAAUCACAUCGUGAUAAUCUAUAGAAAUGUAUUUUUCGAUUGAAAGAAAAGACGCUAAACAGCAUAAAUGUUAGCAUAAGAGACCAAAUUAAUAAAAAAAAAGACUCUGUUUUAGACAAAUGCAAA